AUAAAUAAUAUAAGGAUUGUUCCUUUUGUUCACUUAAAAGUCGGUAAAAUGAAGUUUGUGAUAGCGGUAGUUUUUUUGGUGACGUGUUUAGUGUUUUUGCAAACUUCUGCAGUAACUCCUGACGAACUAGAAAUACUUAUAACCCACAGCAGAGACUGCAGAGCGAAAACGGGCGCAACAGUUGAAAUGAUGACGAUGGUGGUGGCAGGAUUUUUCCCCGAAGAUCCCAAAAUAAAAGCUCAACUGUUCUGCAUCUCCAAAAAGCUGCACUUCCAAACUGAAGAAGGAGAAAUAAACUUCGAACCUCUGACUAAACGCGUGAACCACAUUCUAAGGGAUUCGGAAAAAACCAAGAUUAUUAUUAAAAAGUGUGCCAAUAAGAAGUUUAGUCCAGAGGAAACCGCUUAUCAUGCAUUAAAAUGUUUUACUGAAGUUGGAAAGAUCAACUUGUUGACAGCAUAAUUUUUAACGAAAUAAAAUUAAUUUUAUCUUGAUGUUCAAAAAAGGGUUUAAGCUCCAGUGUCUUUAUUUAAGGAAAAUUACAAUAAUUGUGCUUAGUUACUUUUGCUAGAUGUUAUUUUGACCUUUUUAGUUGAUUAAGUCCUUUCAGAAAGUAAUGACAUAACUAAAUAUAAAAUGGCAAGCAAAAGUCCGAUGUUAUAGGUAUUGUAUUGUAUUUCUAGUAGAAAUUUUUUACAUAAGUUUUUAUACAAUAAAAUUUAUUAUCAAGAUUUUAAAAACAC